AAAGCAAAGGAAAAAAAGAGGUGGCCUCUUCCUCAAGAAAACAAAGACUAGCAAAAUAAUAACCAGAGAGGAGUUUGGGCAAAAGAGUAACAAAAGUAGUUGCAGAAACACAGAGAACUGAAAGAUUGAGAUUGUUGAAGCUACAUUUUAUCCAUUAUUUGAAUCAUGUCUCGGAGGUAUGAUAGCCGAACGACGAUAUUCUCUCCGGAGGGUCGUCUUUACCAGGUGGAGUACGCCAUGGAGGCGAUUGGAAAUGCUGGAAGUGCCAUAGGGAUUUUGGCUAAUGAUGGGGUUGUUUUGGUUGGUGAGAAGAAGGUUACUUCAAAGCUUCUUCAAACCUCUACUUCAAAUGAGAAGAUGUAUAAGAUUGAUGAUCAUGUAGCUUGUGCUGUGGCUGGUAUUAUGUCUGAUGCAAACAUUCUGAUAAACACAGCUCGAGUCCAAGCUCAGCGUUACACUUUUUCGUACCAAGAAUCCAUGCCUGUUGAGCAGUUAGUCCAGUCCCUUUGUGAUACCAAGCAAGGUUAUACACAGUUUGGUGGGCUUCGACCUUUUGGUGUUUCCUUUCUGUUUGCUGGGUGGGACAAGAAUUAUGGGUUUCAGCUUUAUAUGAGUGACCCGAGUGGAAACUAUGGUGGGUGGAAGGCAAUGGCAAUAGGAGCUAACAAUCAGGCUGCACAGUCGAUGCUUAAGCAGGACUACAAGGAUGAUAUUAACCGCGAAGGUGCUGUUCAGCUUGCGUUAAAGGUCCUUGGUAAGACAAUGGACAGCACAAGUCUUACCUCAGAGAAGCUGGAAUUGGCUGAAGUUUAUCUUCUGCCUUCUGGGAAAGUCAAGUAUCAGGUACACUCUCCAGAAUCCUUGAACGAGUUAUUGGCUAUAGCUGGAUUGACUCAACCUGCUGCAGAAGCCUCUUGAGUGUCAUUUAAAUCCCUUGCUGUCAGAUGCUAUAAUGUACUCAUUAUUAUAUGCAAAAUAUGAUUUUGUUAUGGUUGAAUCUGUCUUUGUUGGUUCGGGAAUUAAAAUCGCAGACUCUCCAUGUAUUAGAUGUUGCUGCUUUAUGUUGUUACUCUGUUGUAUUGUUUGUCAAUCUCAGCUUUGCGCAUCCAUUACUUAA